AUGAAAACCAAAAUUUUAUUAUUAAAUUUUAUUAUAAUAUUUUUUUUAAUAAAUGUAAAUUUAGCAAUUAAAAAAGAUUCACCAUUUAAAGAAAUUCAAAAAAAUAAUAAUAAUAAAAAAGAAAAUCAUGAUGCAAUAAAUUAUUAUGAAGAUGAGGAUGGAUUUGAUGUAACUAUAAAAGAUUGUAUAUCAAUAUUAGUACCAUAUGGAAAAUGUACCAAAAUCAAAUCACCCUUUAAAAAAUGUCCAUAUAAAUCAAUAUUCAUAUCAUCAAAUUCAACAACACCCAUAAUACCUAAUAAUAAUUAUAAUAAUAAUAAUAAUAAUAAAAAUAAAAAUAAUGGUAGUAAUCAAUAUAUAAUUAAUUUAUUUGAAAAUUCAAAAUGUUAUGAAAAAGUUAACAGAAAUAAGAAUAAAAUAUUUAAAAAUUUUCAUGAAGAAAAGAAUUAUAAAGAAUCAAAAAAAAAUGAAUUAAUAAUAAAUUGUAAAGAUAAAAAAUUAAAUAAAUUUAAUAAUAAUGAAAUUAGAGUAGUAUGUCCAAUUAGUUCAAAAUUUGAUUCAUCAACAUCUUCAAUUUCAAUUAAUACAUUGGCAAUUCUAUCACUUUUAUUUUUAAUUUUUAUAAAUAAAUUAAUAAAUUAA